ACUGCCGGAUCAUACAGUAAUUCUACUUUUUAAUUUUUUGAGAAACUGCCAUACUGUUCUCCAUCGUGGCUGCACCACGGUACGGCAGGCACUUUAAAAAUGUCUGUCAUGCCCAAGGGGGACGAACAAUUGCUGUACUAUAGAUGACAGCCGAGGAGAAAGAUUGUAUGGCCAAGAAAGAACACUGUCAAUUAUCAGGCUUUAUUAGAAAAUGAUUGCUUAAAAGCAUGGAAUUCCUAGAAUUUGGAGACACAUUAUAAACCAUUUGGUCCACUCUCCUACUCACAGACGAGUAAACUGGGACUCUGAGAGGACAAGAGGUUGGUGAAGGUCACAGGGCUAGUUAAGGGAAGAAUCAGACUGGCAUCCAGGGCUUUCCGAUCUUCAACUUACUGCAAAGAAAUUGAUUUUCAACUUGAAAUAUUAGGCGAUGAAGAACAAGAAUUAUGGAUUAAAUAAUUAGAAAACAUCCUCUGGGGUACAGUGUGUUCUGCUUUUGUUUCCACGGCUGGCUUUUGGCCUCUCUGAUUGCCUGGGCGGACACUGAAACCAAGCCUGCUUGUCUUGCUGCCUCUGCUGGUCCUGGACCUCCUAAGAGAUGGAGGGGGAGUCAAAGAAAACCAGUUCUCAGUCAGGAUCCGCGGGAGACGUGAAACGCGACCCUCUGCUCACCUGGACGCUGGCCAGAACCACGGGUGUGUGGCGCAGAUCUAGCUCCCAGCUGGGGCCUCUAUGGCCCCGCGCUGUCCCCACGUUGCGGGAUCCGAAUGAGAGGGUUCAGGGUCUCCCGGGGACAAGGAGCUCUUGCCGUGCCUUCUCCCCAGCCGGAGCCCCGGCGCCGGUGCGACUUCCCGGGCGCAAGCGUGCCCAGUAUCCCCCCGCGGAGCGCGGGCUGCGGACCACGGUGGGCACGUGUGCUCGGCCGCAGCGCUGCACCAGGCGCCACCCGCCCGGCUCGGCCCAACAGCGCGGCUCCCGCCGGGGCCCCUGCCGGUGGGGAGAGGGAUCCUCCCCCUUCCACUUUGCACCAGUCCGAGGGAAUUUGCGGUCGGUGACGCGCAUCCUUGAGCGAGCCACCUGCAGCGCGGGGCGCGCCGCUCCGGGCGGCUUCGCAGGGCUGGGCCGGCGCGGCCUGGGGACCCCGGGCUCCGGAGGCCAUGCCGGCGUUGGCGUGCCUUGGCGGCCGGCUGCUGCUGCUCGUUGUAUUUUCAGCAAUGGUAUUUGAGACUGUUACAAAUCAAGAGCUACCUGUGAUCAAGUGUGUUUUAAUCAAUCAUAAGAACGACGAUUCAUCAAUGAGGAUAUCAUCACCAUAUCCCAUGGGGUCAGGAUCCCUGGAGGAAGACCUCAAGUGCUCCUUGAAGUCUGAGAGCACAGAGGCAGUAUAUGAAGCAGCCACUGUGGAAGUAGACGCGUCUGCCUCCAUCACACUACAAGUGCUGGUCAACACCCCAGGACACAUUUCCUGCCUCUGGGUCUUUAAUCACAGCCCCCUGAAUUGCCAGCCGCACUUUGAUUCACAAAACAGAAGAGUUGUUUCCAUGGUCAUUUUGAAAAUGACAGAAACCCAAGCUGGAGAAUACCUGCUUUUUAUUCAGAGUGAAGCUGCCAAUUACACAAUAUUGUUUACAGUGAGUAUAAGAAACACACUGCUGUACACAUUGCGGAGACCUUACUUUCGAAAAAUGGAAAAUCAGGACGCCUUGGUCUGCAUCUCUGAGAGCAUUCCCGAACCGACCGUGGAAUGGGUGUUUUGCGAUUCACAGAGUGAAAGCUGUAAAGGAGAAAGUCCAGCUGUCGUGACAAAAGAGGAGAGCGUGCUUCAUGAAUUGUUUGGAACAGACAUAAGGUGCUGUGCAAGAAAUGAGCUGGGCAGGGAAUGCACCAAGCUGUUCACAAUAGAUCUAAAUCACACCCCUCAGACCACACUGCCACAAUUAUUUCUUAAAGUAGGAGAACCCCUAUGGAUAAGGUGCAAAGCUGUUCAUGUAAACCAUGGAUUCGGGCUCAGCUGGGAAUUAGAAAAUAAAGCCCUGGAUGAGGGCAGCUACUUUGAGAUGAGUACCUAUUCCACAAACAGAACUAUGAUACGGAUUCUGUUUGCUUUUGCAUCAUCGGUGGGAAGAAACGACACCGGGUAUUACACUUGUUCCUCUUCAGAGCAUCCCAGUAAAUCCGCUUUGGUUACCAUCAUAGAAAAGGGAUUUAUAAAUGCUUCCAAAUCAAGUGAAGAUUAUGAAAUUGACCAGUAUGAAGAGUUUUGUUUUUCCGUCAGGUUUAAAGCAUACCCACAGAUCAGAUGUACGUGGACCUUCUCCCGCAAAUCAUUUCCUUGUGAGCACCGUGGCCUUGAAGACGGGUACAGCGUAUCUAAGUUUUGCAACCAUAAGCACCAGCCAGGAGAAUAUAUAUUCCGUGCAGAAAAUGAUGACGCCCAGUUCACUAAAAUGUUCACACUGAAUAUAAAAAGGAAACCUCAAGUGCUAGCGGAAGCAUCAGCAAGCCAGGCUUCUUGCUCCUCUGAUGGGUACCCAUUGCCAUCUUGGACCUGGAAGAAGUGUUCAGACAAGUCUCCCAACUGCACUGAGGAAAUCACCGAAGGAGUUUGGAAUAAGAAGGCUAACAGAAAAGUAUUUGGACAGUGGAUAUCGAGCAGUACUCUAAACAUGAGUGAAGCCAUCAGAGGGUUCCUGGUGAAAUGCUGUGCAUACAAUUCUCUGGGUACAUCUUGUGAAACAAUCCUUUUAAACUCCCCAGGCCCCUUCCCUUUCAUCCAGCACAGCAUCUCCUUCUAUGCGACCAUUGGGCUCUGUGUUCCCUUCAUUGCCGUUUUAACCAUGCUAAUUUGUCACAAGUACAAAAAGGUAAAGGCAAAAGUAAAAAUUCAUCACUGUUUCCUAUUUCUGAAGAACUGCCUGUUAUACUUCUUUUACUUCAGCUUUACAUUUUGCAAUGCUCUUCCAUUGGCAGAAAAAGCAGACAGUUCUGAAAGAGAGGCCCUCAUGUCUGAACUCAAAAUGAUGACCCACCUGGGAAGCCAUGAGAAUAUUGUGAAUCUGCUGGGGGCAUGCACUCUGUCAGGACCAAUUUACUUGAUUUUUGAAUAUUGUUGCUAUGGUGAUCUUCUCAACUAUCUAAGAAGUAAAAGAGAAAAAUUUCACAGGACAUGGACGGAGAUUUUCAAGGAGCACAAUUUCAGUUUUUACCCUACUUUCCAAUCACAUCCAAAUUCCAGUAUGCCUGGCUCAAGAGAAGUUCAAAUACAGCAGGAGUCGGAUCCUAUCUCAGGGUUCGGUGGGAAUUCAUUUCAAUCUGAAGACGAAAUUGAAUAUGAAAACCAGAAAAGACUGGAGGAGGAAGAGGACUUGAACGUGCUCACCUUUGAAGAUCUCCUUUGCUUCGCAUAUCAAGUUGCCAAAGGAAUGGAAUUUCUGGAAUUUAAGUCGUGUGUCCACAGAGACUUGGCAGCCAGGAACGUGCUCGUGACCCAUGGGAAAGUGGUGAAGAUUUGUGAUUUUGGAUUGGCUCGCGACAUUAUGAGUGACUCCAACUAUGUUAUCAGAGGCAACGCCCGUCUGCCUGUAAAGUGGAUGGCUCCUGAAAGCUUAUUUGAAGGGAUCUACACAAUUAAAAGUGAUGUCUGGUCCUACGGAAUAUUACUCUGGGAGAUAUUCUCCCUUGGUGUCAAUCCUUACCCUGGUAUUCCUGUCGACGCUAACUUCUAUAAACUCAUUCAGAGUGGAUUUAAGAUGGAUCAGCCGUUUUAUGCUACCGAAGGAAUAUACUUUAUAAUGCAAUCCUGCUGGGCUUUCGACUCAAGGAAACGGCCGUCCUUCCUUAGCCUGAUUUCAUUUUUAGGGUGUCAGCUGGCGGAGGCGGAGGAAGCGAUGUAUCAGAGCAUGGACGGCCAUGUUUCGGAACGUCCGUCCAUCUACCAAAACAGGCGACCUUACAGCAGAGAGGGGGACCCAGGGCUGCUCUCUCCACAGGCUCGUGUUCAAGAUUCAUAGAGGAGCAACUUAACCUUCAGGCCUUCCCCACCCACUCCUGCCUUGAACAGGCUGUAGAUUACCAAAACCAGAUUAAUUUCCUCACUAAAAGAACGUAUAUUCUCAACCGCUGCUUUGCUGGACUAUUGCUCUAGAAGCUCUCUGUAUUUACUCUCGUUUCCAAAGGAACUUUCGUAAAAUCAAAUCAUCCUUUGCACAAGGCAGGAGGAGCUGAUGAUUUAUUUUAUUGGAGCAUCUACCAUCCAAAGGCCUUCUGGGGUAGGCUUGAAUGAAAAAUUGUGUACCUGAAGUAUAGUACAUUCUUGUAAAUACAUAAAACAAAAGCAUUUUGCUAAGGAGAAGCCGAUACGACUUUUUAAAUCUAUGUUUUAAAAUAUGUAACUUUUUCAGCUAGUGAUAUAUUUUAUGAAUGGAAAUAAACUUUCUAUUAUAGAAACGUC